GAACAAGCUUCUGUUAGACUCUGUCUGCUAGUCUAUGUGUAGCGCCUGUGCCCGCAAGCAUGAGAACAGCACAGAGCAGAAUGGAACCAUCACGCCUGGCACAAGUGUAGACAUUUUUCUAAGAAGUUUUACCAAGAUCACAGUAGCUAUGCUGGCAGCCAUAUCAUACUGAGGCCUUGCAUUCAGCACCACUAAAUCUCUUAAAGCUUUUUGACAGGUUCUCCUGUUAAGUUACCACUCCAACAGCAUGAAAUUCUUUUUUUUCUGGAACCAAAUAAAGGACUUAGCAUUUGUCUUCUUAAAUUUCUUCUUGUUAGAUGCAGCCCAUAUUCCAAUUGUUGGCAAUUAUUCCAAGCUUGGCUCAAAUGCUUCCAGUAGCUGAAAGCUUACCACCUCAUAAGAAAACACAUUCCAUUGUAACAGCUCCAAAGGUAACAGAAUUAUUCUUCAUCUUGAGUUAAAAUAUGCCCUUUAGGACUUCCCUGGUGGCACAGUGGUUAAGAAUCCGCCCGCCAAUGCAGGGGACAUGGGUUCAAGCCCUGAUCCGGCAAGAUCCCACAUGCCGCGGAGCAACUAAACCCGUGCGCCACAACUACUGAGCCUGCGCUCUAGAGCCCGCGAGCCACACCUACGGAGUCCGUGCUCUGCAAUAAGAGAAGCCACCGCAGUGAGAAGCCCGCGCUCCGCAACGAAGAGUAGCCCCCAGUCGCCACAACCGGGGAAAAGCCUGCGCGCAGCAACGCAGACCCAACGCAGCCCCCCCACCACAAAAUUAAUUAAUUAAUUAAAAUAUGCCCUUUAAAAAUUUCUUCUUGGUUCUCAUUCUGCAUUUUAGAGAUAGUCCAAAUAAGUAAGAUUUUUUUUCCAUUUGAUAGCUAUGCCAUAUUGGAGAUGGUUUUUAUGUUCCACUUCGUUUGUUCUGUCUUCUUCUGUGAAGAGUGGUAGAAGUUCUUCAGCCAAUCCUCAUAUAAUGUGAUUUUCAGACCCUCACUAACUUGGAUACUAUCCUCUGGGCUUGCUCUGAUUUUUAAUGUCUUUCAAAAACAUGGCUCUUAGGGCUUCCCUGGUGGCGCAGUGGUUGCGCGUCCGCCUGCCGAUGCAGGGGAACCGGGUUCGCGCCCCGGUCCGGGAGGAUCCCACAUGCCGCGGAGCGGCUGGGCCCGUGAGCCACGGCCGCUGAGCCUGCACGUCCGGAGCCUGUGCUCCGCAACGGGAGAGGCCACAACAGAGGGAGGCCCACAUACCACCAAAAAAAAAAAAAAAAAAAAAAAAAAUCAUGGCUCUUAGAACUACAAAACAGCUGAGCAAGAGUUCCAGCUGGAUUUCACCUCUCACUUGGCUCUCACCUCUACCAGCUCUUCCAUUUGGCAAAGUUCCCAUUUUGGAAGUCAGUGGAUUGAACCUUCACCAGAGCCUAGCAAUAGCAAGAUAUCUGACCAAAAACACAGAUUUGGCUGGAAAAACAGAAUUGCAGCAAUGUCAAGUCGAUGCAGUCGUGGACACAUUGGAUGAUUUCAUGUCUCGUUUUCCUUGGGCAGAGAAAAAACAAGAUAUAAAAGAUCAGAUGUUUAAGGAGCUACUUACAUGUGAUGCAUCUCAUCUUCUGCAAGAUUUAGACACAUACUUAGGGGAAAAAGAGUGGUUUAUUGGUAACUCUGUAACUUGGGCAGAUUUCUACUGGGAAAUUUGCAGUACCACACUUUUGGUCUUUAAACCUGAUUUGUUGGACAACCAUCCCAGGCUGGUGACAUUACGUAAGAAAGUCCAAAGCAUUCCUGCCAUCGCCAACUGGAUAAUGCGAAGGCCCCAAACCAAACUCUAGGUGAUGCCUGCUGCCUCCAAACUUCGUUAUUCUUCACAGCAUCACUCAUCAGAUACAUUUUUUACAAAAAUAAAACUUCCUCAACGUUCCUAAUAUUUUACAGUGUACUGAAUAAUAGC